CGGUUACCAGCAGCAUUGAGACGGUCAACAAGAAAACCGGCAAGAAGAACGACACAGCAGGACAGUAACCUCUUCCAUCAUCGCCAUAUCCUCAUCUUUCAACGAGAGACACAAAUUCAAAACAACCAAGAUGUCUGCAGCUAAAGGUGUAGCUAUCGGCAUUGACCUGGGUACCACCUACUCCUGUGUGGGGGUUUUCCAGCAUGGAAAAGUAGAAAUCAUCGCCAAUGACCAGGGCAACAGGACCACCCCCAGCUAUGUGGCGUUCACGGACACAGAGAGGCUGAUCGGGGACGCAGCCAAGAACCAGGUGGCUUUGAAUCCCAGCAACACUGUAUUUGAUGCCAAACGACUGAUUGGAAGAAAGUUUGAUGAGCCAGUGGUGCAGGCAGACAUGAAGCACUGGCCCUUCAAGGUGGUCGGAGAUGGAGGGAAGCCAAAAAUUCAAGUGGAAUACAAAGGGGAGAACAAAACCUUCAACCCUGAGGAGGUCUCCUCCAUGGUCCUGGUGAAGAUGAAGGAGAUUGCUGAGGCCUACCUCGGCCAAACGGUGUCCAACGCAGUCAUUACAGUCCCAGCAUACUUCAACGACUCACAGCGUCAGGCCACUAAAGACGCAGGCGUCAUUGCAGGACUGAAUGUCCUGAGGAUCAUCAACGAGCCCACAGCAGCUGCCAUUGCAUACGGUCUGGACAAAGGCAAGUCAGCAGAACGUAACGUCCUGAUCUUUGACCUGGGCGGAGGCACCUUUGACGUGUCCAUCCUGACAAUCGAAGACGGUAUCUUUGAGGUCAAAGCCACAGCUGGAGACACUCACCUGGGUGGAGAAGACUUUGACAACCGCAUGGUCAACCAUUUUGUGGAGGAGUUCAAGAGGAAACACAAGAAGGACAUCAGUCAUAACAAGAGAGCAUUGAGGAGGCUGCGCACAGCUUGUGAGAGGGCCAAGAGAACCCUGUCCUCCAGCUCCCAGGCCAGCAUUGAGAUCGACUCUCUGUUUGAGGGUGUUGACUUCUACACCUCCAUCACCAGGGCUCGCUUCGAGGAGCUGUGCUCUGACCUGUUCAGGGGAACAUUAGAGCCAGUGGAGAAAGCCCUGAGGGAUGCCAAAAUGGACAAGGGACAGAUUCACGACAUCGUCCUGGUUGGAGGCUCCACUCGAAUCCCCAAAAUCCAGAAACUCCUGCAGGAUUUCUUCAAUGGCAGGGAGCUGAACAAGAGCAUCAACCCAGACGAGGCGGUGGCUUACGGUGCCGCCGUCCAGGCCGCCAUUCUCUCAGGUGAUACCUCAGGCAACGUUCAGGAUCUGCUGCUGCUGGAUGUGGCGCCUCUGUCCCUGGGUAUCGAGACAGCCGGAGGAGUCAUGACAUCCCUGAUUAAACGCAACACCACCAUCCCCACUAAACAAACCCAGACCUUCACCACCUACUCUGACAACCAGCCCGGGGUCCUCAUCCAAGUCUACGAAGGGGAGAGAGCCAUGACCAAAGACAACAAUCUGCUGGGCAAGUUUGAGCUGACAGGACUCCUACCUGCUCCUCGAGGGGUCCCACAGAUCGAGGUCACCUUCGACAUUGACGCCAACGGCAUUUUGAACGUGUCGGCGGUGGACAAAAGCACUGGCAAAGAGAACAAGAUCACCAUCACCAACGAUAAGGGCCGAUUGAGCAAAGAAGAGAUCGAGAGGAUGGUGCAGGACGGUGAAAAAUACAAAGCUGAGGAUGAGCUUCAGAGGGACAAAAUUGCUGCCAAGAACUCGCUGGAGUCCUACACCUUCAACAUGAAGAGCAGUGUGCAGGACGAGAACAUAAAGGGCAAAAUCAGCGAGGAAGACCAGAAGAAGGUGAUUGAGAAGUGUGACGAGACCAUCAGCUGGCUAGAGAACAACCAGCUGGCUGAUAAAGAGGAGUACCAACACCAGCAGAAAGAGCUGGAGAAAGUGUGUAACCCCGUCAUCAGCAAGUUGUAUCAGGGAGGAAUGCCUGCAGGCAGCUGUGGACAGCAGGCACGAGCUGGCUCCCAGGGGCCCACCAUUGAGGAAGUGGACUAAAGUGGCCUUUAAUAUGGACACUACAAUCACUGGAACUGUUAAGUUUAUAUUAUACCUUCUGUUUGUAAAUUUAAUGUCCUUAUUGUAUGUGAUGUAGAGCAGGGGUCAGCAAUUAGGUUAAAGAAGUGGCCUUUUUAAUGUGUUUACAGGACCUUUCAAUGCAGGGAUGUUAAACAGUUCAGUGGAAACACAGUCCUAUGUUUUGUUUAUUUCUUUUAAUUCAUUUAAGAACAAAAUAGAUUUAUAACACUGUUAAGGACUAUCUGAUGGGGGGAAAAACUUCAUCAACACACCAUGUAUGUUCAACUUCCAACCAUUUGUUUGUGAAGAACAAAUCUAUUCUGGUCCAACAGGCGGAAGUUAUAGAAUUCACACAUCAAACUUGAUUUUCUAGUGUAACUUAAUUUCAGCACGAUUCACUGUUCAAAUAGUAUGGCACAGCCAUAGUUUUAAUGCUUCUCCUGGUGUGGGGACAGUAUUAGCUGUGACAUGGUUAUAUUACAAUAAUGUGGAUUUACAGGAGUAUUGUGUUUAUUUUGUUAUCAACAGGAGAUUUAUGAGAAAUGAUGUGAAACUUUUGAUGUAAACUAUAAAAGUCAAAACUUUCAUCAGGGGGCCAAAAAAGUUUGCUGUAGGGCUGCUGUUGGCCUAGCACUGAUGUAGAGGUUAAACAGUCAUAAAAGUUUUGAGAACUUACUCUUUGAAAUGUUUUUUAAUUUUUGCAUUGCUGGACUUUGCAAUAAAUAUGAUUAUUAAAUCAA